AUGUCUCAACUCAAAAACAGCAGAGGUGUCCACACGGCACGUGUUGCCCUCCUCUACCAAGCCAUCGAACCCCCAGCCAUCAAUGGCGUUCGUAAGCCAAUGAAGCCUGGCGGCUACCAGGACGGAUGCGCCGACAUCGCCUUCAACUUGAGCCGCCAACCUGGCAUCGACGUUGUCACUCCCAUCGACUCACCCGAUCCUCGAGAGCACGUUGGAUGGAGCUUCCCAGACUCUGAAGAUGGUAUACUGGCAGCUCUGCAGAAGGGAGCCACCCACCUGUUCUCCAACACGGUCGUCUUCGCCAACCAUCCACUUCAAACAUCAGCAAGAGUAGGAGAAUAUCAGGACAAAGUAAAGGUCGUUGGACAUCCUCCAUGCAUGGUGGAGCUACACGAUGAUAAGCACUACGUCAAUGACAUGUUGCGCAAGUCUGGCAAGUUCACUCUGCCUCGUGGCUGGUUGCUCGAGGACGAUGGUACAGACAUGGAUGCAAAGCUGCAAUCGCUGGAUCUCCGCUUCCCUGUUGUCGGCAAGCCAGUUCGAGGCAGAGGUAGUCAUGGCGUCAAGGUCUGCCAAGAUAUGGCAGAGCUGCGUGCUCAUGCGCAGUCGCUGUUCAAAGAGUCUCCAGCCAUCAUCCUCGAAGACUAUCUCGCCGGCCAGGAGGCAACUGUCACCGUUCUGCCGCCUUCGGACGAGCAUCCGUCUCAUCGGGCUCUCCCCGUUGUCACGCGCUUCAACCAUACCAAUGGUGUCGUUCCUUACAACGGCAUUGUAGCUGUAACUGCUAAUUCCCGCGCCAUCACCGCAGAUGAGUACGCAAAAGACCCUGCAUAUUCAGCCAUUGCGACCGAGUGCGAGAACGUCGCCAAACUGAUGGGUGUCACUGCUCUCAUUCGAAUUGAUGUUCGUCGCUUCACCGAAGAGCCGGGAUCUAAGUUCGCUCUUUUCGACGUGAACCCAAAGCCAAACAUGACUGGCCCUGGACGUCCUGGAAGAGACGAUCAGGCUAGUUUGAGUGCUAUCGCUGCUGCCGAGAUGGGGUGGGAUUACCCGAGGCUGAUGUUGGAGAUGCUGAAAAGUGCCCAGUCUUUGCGACGCCUGAGAGAGAUGCGCCCGGACACUGUGUAG